AUGGCAGUGCUUUACUUUGCCGGGUUUUUGGCUCUAGUCGCCAGUGCCAAUGGGGCCAAUAUCCUCGGGUUAUUCGCUGGGCUGAGUCCAUCCCACUUGAUCAUCCAACUGUCAAUGGCACAGAUUUUGGCAGAGCAGGGACAUAAUAUGACAGUAGUGACCGUCGUGGAGCCCCCUUUCACACACAAGGACAUCACGUAUGUACGGAUUCCACUCGGAAAGGAAGAUUUUCAAGGAUUCAGCGCAAUUAUCAGCGAGAUUGCCAAAAAGGACAACAGCAAUGUCUUUACGUUUUUAUGGGCAAUCUUCAGUGGCUCCAGCGAACUGUCCUCCAGAAUGAGUAGCAUCGUAAAGCAUCCGCUGUAUAAGGACUUGUAUGAGAACCAGGACAAUAACUUCGAUCUGGUUAUAGUGGGAUACUUUGUGAACAGCUUCCAAUUGGCAUUGGCCCAUAAGCUGAAGGUGCCGCAAGUAUUGGCCAUAUCGAACCCACCCUGCUAUAUUGGCCACAAGCUCGGGAAUCCCCCAGAGGUGUCCUAUGUGCCAUCCACCUACAUGGUCAGCGCUCAGGCGGACGUUGUAGGGAUUGGAAACCGUUUCACAAACCUGUUGUACCUCGCGGCAGAGAGAGUAUUUUGGUAUUUCUUGGAAUAUUAUAGCGAAAUAACCUACAGUUACAGCGACUUGGAUAAAAACGUCUCCCUUAUCUUCUUCGCAUCCCAUGGAAUAAGCGAACGAUCUAUCCGCCCCAACCUCCCCACUGUGAUUGAAGUGGGGGGAAUCCAGAUCAAAGAGACACCGGAUCCACUGCCUCAGAACUUGGAAGAGUUCCUGAAGGACGCCCCAGAUGGAGCUAUUCUUCUCAGCCUGGGCACUAACAUAAAGCGCUCCCAUUUAAGCCAAGAAACAGUGGGGACAAUGUUCAAUGUCCUCUCCCACCUGAAGCAAAAGGUGAUUUGGAAGUGGGAUGACUUCGACAACUUGCCUGGCAAGUCGGACAACAUCCUGUACGCCCACUGGCUGCCCCAGGACGACAUCCUGGCGCACCCCAACAUCAAGUUGUUCAUCACCCACGCAGGAAAAGGAGGCAUAACGGAGGCCCAGUACCACGGCAAGCCCAUGCUGGCACUUCCGGUGUUUUUUGACCAGCCUCAGAAUGCAAAAGCUAUGGAGCAGCAGGGUUUCGGGAUAAUUCAGAGCAUACACAACUUGGAUGAGCAGUCAUUCGCGGAGGGUAUUCGGAAAGUCCUGGAGAAUCCAAAGUAUGCCCGUGCAGUAAAGUCCUUUUCUACUUUAUAUCGCGAUCGUCCUACGACUGCAAAGGCCUCGCUGAUAUACUGGGUGGACUACGUGAUUCGACACCAUGGAGCUAAGCACUUGCAGUCCCCGGUGGUCCACAUGAGCUUCAUAGCUGUCUACAAUUUGGAUGUUUUCACCAUACUUCUAGGGACAAUUGUUGUCAUCUGGAUUAUUUUGAAGGCUGUGGCAAGAUUCAUAAUCAGGAAACUGAGAAGAACGACAAUAGAUCCGCACCCAAAAAAAUUCAAGAAUCUUAAAAUAAAAACCAAUUAA